AUGUCAUCAAUAAACAUAACUUCAAUAACAAAUACCACAAAUGUAUUUGAUCAAGAAGCCACCGAUUUAACAACGGAUUAUUUUCCUUUUUUUAAAUUAAUUUCAUCAUCAAUAGAAGCAAUCUGGGAACAAAGUGAGAAUCUGGAAUUAAAUACAACAGCAUGGAAUAGAUUUGGAGCAAUAAGUAAAUAUUGUUGUUCAGUAUAUGGAUUAUCUUGUUUAGUUAUGGCUCUUGUAUUAAACCGUACUUUAGUAAUGGCUUCAACUAAUAAUAUACAUAAUCAACAAAUGGCUAUUAAUAGACAAAGAGGUGGUGUUAGACAUGGGAAUGGAUUAAUGAAUGCUUAUAAACUGGCUACUAUUUUGAGGAAAUUAAGUAUUGUUAGUUUUAGAAUUGGAAUAGUAUCUAUGUUAUGUCUUCAGAUCUACAAUGUGCUAGUCACUUUAAAAUUAAAUCAAACGUUGGGAAUCAUUGAAAAUUCAAAUAUUAAAUGGAUAUAUAACUUGAUACCAGAAAGGUAUUUCAGUUACACAGCUGAGAAAUUUGCAGAUUCGAAAUAUAUGAAAACUCCGAAAAAGCAAGUUAUGAUUGGUCCCACUAGUGAUAUGUACUGGCCAAUAUUUUUGACGUUUUGUGCUUCUUCAUUCGUUGAAACAUUUAUCGCAUCUAUACAGGGAAGAAAACCAUUUACUGAAAGUGGUAUCACAAUAUUUGAACAUUCUUUAGCAUUUCAAGAAUUUAGCAGUAAUGCUGCUUUCUUCUUUUCAAAUUCAAAUAAUUUUAAAAGACCUACUGAAGAAGUUUUAGUAGUGGCUUUAUUUUCAAUUUUGAAUCAUUUAAAUAUUCAUAUUGGUGCUAUUGUUAAUAAUAAUAGAUAUAGGUUGAUACCACUGACUGUUAUUGGAAUUGGAUUUUUGUCUUACUUCAUAAAUGCUAUAUCUCAUCAUAAAGUUUUAAAAUUUCCAACUAUUUUGAUUGUAACAUUUACACCACAAGUAUUAAUAUUGUUUGUGAUUUUAAUUAGUUUAUCAAUAUUUUUAUGUGCAAUUAUUGUUAAUGGGUUUAGAUUACAAGGAUUAAAUUAUGCUAGUUUCUUUUUACAUGAAGAUCAUUCAAAUGAAGUCGAGAAUGAAAUUAAUCAAGAAGAUGAAUCAGACACAUUUUCAAAUUUUAACAUCAAUUUAAAAGAUGAUUUUUAUACUGCUUUAUUAAAUUUAGGAGUAUUAGCAAUAACAUCAGCAGGAAAAUCAAGUUAUAUUACAGAACUAAGUUUAGUAACAUUAGAUACCGAGACAUGGAUUGAAAGAAGUUUAUGGAAACAACUCCAGGCCAAAACUUUGAGAAAAGGGUAUGAAAAUAUAAUAGAUAAACCAGGACCUGAUUUAAUUACAUAUACUGCUUCAACGAAUAAUGAUGAAUUAGAUAAUAAUCAAGGUCCGACUCAAAUCAAUAGUGUUUUCAGGAAAAGAUUUCUAUACUUAUCCAAAAUAAUGAUAAAUUUCGUACAACUAGUGUAUGGAUUAUUCAUAAAAGUCAUCAAAAACUCAUUAACAUUUUGGCAAAAGAAACAACCAACACCAGACAACUUCGAACAAAGAUUAUCCAAAACCCCCAAAUUUUUAAGAAAAUACGUCAAAAAAUCACCCAAAAAAAUCCAUUCCACAAUCGACAUCAACAAAUACACAGAAGAAGAAUUAGAACUCAAUUACGCAUCGAUUCUAAUAGGUGAAGACCUAAACAAUAAUGACGACUCCCAAGAUUUUUUAUUAACUUAUGAAUCCGAAAUAGAAUCAGAAAUAGAAUCAGAUAUCGAAGAAAUCAACGUUAUCUCAAAUUCAAGAUCAGAUAACUUAGUAGUAUCACCAUUAUACGAAAUACAACUCGAAGAAUCAACAUACUUAAACUAUGAAGGUAGAUUAACAAGAUCAAAAUAUAAACAGCUCGCAAACACAUACAAUACAGAUGAAAGUUCAAAACUAAUAGAGCUCAUAAUUCAGAAAAGAUCAACAACAGAACAAAAAGAUCCGGAAGACACAAACUCUUUAGAAUGUGUUAUUUGUCAAACUAAUAUGAGAGAAAUUAUAACUUGGCCUUGUAAAUGUUUUGCAAUUUGUGAAUCAUGUAGAUUGAGUUUGGUAAGUAAAGGAAUUGAAGGUUGUGUUUGUUGUAGAAGAGAAGUUCAAGGUGUUUCGAAAAUUUUCAUACCUUAA